AAGAGCCAGGAAUACAACACACAUUCUCAGCUGUCCUCUCCACGCCCCAUCAUCACCACCACAUCACAGCCAAUGGCCAACCCCCUCCUCCUCCAUUCUCAAGCUCACAGCCUCCGCACUCAACGCAGCCAAGAUCCCAUCCAGCGAUGCUCCGGCAACAUUGAACAUCGGGCGAGACUCGAACGCAGAUCUCUCUCUCGCAAUUUGCAUGUCCACAUCACAUUGACGUUGUGUGCACACACACUCACUCACUCCGCAUGUGUGCGCACAGCUAAAUGACAUCGGGUAUCGGCGGUCUUGUUAUCGGCCGCGUGCUGCUGUAGCGGCUUCUGCUUCUCAUUCUGCCAAGCCAAAGGGUGACCACACGCAGCGGGCCAUGGCGCAGUCGGUCCGCUUCUCGGUGACCCCGGCCUGCACGGACGACGAGGAGAGAACGAGAGACGACGAUGGUGACGGUGACUGCGGCGGUGGUGGUGGCGGUGAUGGUGGUGGUGAUGGGCACACGGGGUCUGCGGACAGAGGCGAGAGAGGCGACAGGCAUCGGCGUCCAAGGACAUCGGCCGGCGUGGGUGACGGCAUCCACAAGGAGGACUACCCUUUCCUGCACGCGGGGGACGACGAGCUGGGGGAGGGAUGCGACAAAAACCUGGCGCUCUUCGAGGAGGAGAUGGACACACGGCCGAUGGUGUCGUCCCUGCUCAACCGCCUGGCCAACUACACCAACCUCCCCCAGGGGGCACGGGAGCACGAGGAUGCGGAGAGUAUGGAGGGGGCACGGAAAGCGCCUCCCAAGGCCCCCAGGAUGGGCACCUUCAUGGGCGUCUACCUGCCCUGCCUGCAGAACAUCUUCGGAGUCAUCCUCUUUCUGCGUCUCACCUGGGUGGUGGGCACGGCCGGCGUGCUGGAGGCGUUCUGCAUCGUCUUUGUCUGCUGCUGCUGCACCAUGCUGACUGCGAUAUCAAUGAGCGCCAUCGCCACCAAUGGUGUCGUCCCGGCGGGCGGCUCCUACUUCAUGAUCUCGCGCUCGCUGGGUCCCGAGUUCGGCGGCGCCGUCGGCCUCUGCUUCUACCUGGGCACCACCUUCGCUGCCUCCAUGUACAUCCUGGGCGCCAUCGAGAUCCUGCUGACGUACAUCGUUCCGUCGGCGGCGAUCUUCCGCGCCGAGGACGGCGGGAGCGAUGCGGCGGCGAUGCUCAACAACAUGCGCAUGUACGGCACGGCCUUCCUCGCCUUCAUGGCCGUAGUGGUGUUCGUGGGGGUCAAGUACGUCAACAAGUUCGCCAUGCUCUUCCUCGCGUGCGUCAUCCUCUCCAUCCUGGCCAUCUACGCCGGGGCCGUCAAGACGGCCUGGAGUCCGCCGCACUUCCCGAUCUGCAUGCUUGGGAACCGCACCCUGUCGGGGAAAGACUUCGACGUCUGCGCCAAGACGACGCUGCAGGAGAACGACACGCUUGUCGCGACCAAGCUGUGGAGCUUGUUCUGCGACUCGACCUUCCUCAACGCCUCCUGCGACGAGUACUUCGACCUCAACAACGUCACCGAGGUGCCGGGCAUCCCAGGCAUGUCCAGCGGAGCCAUCCUCGAGAACGUGUGGAGCAGUUACUCCGGCAAGGGAGACCUUGCCGAGAAGGCCGGGGUGGAGGCCCUGGGCGGAGGGGAGUACCCGAGCCGCUCGCUGCCUUACGUGUUCGCCGACAUCGCCACCUCCUUCACUGCCCUCGUCGGGAUCUUCUUCCCGUCCGUGACCGGCAUCAUGGCCGGCUCCAAUCGCUCGGGGGAUUUGAAGGAUGCUCAGAAGUCCAUUCCCAUCGGGACCAUAAUGGCAAUCGCCACCACCUCCACUGUGUAUCUCACCAGCGUCAUUCUGUUCGGAGCCUGCGUCGAGGGAGUCGUCUUAAGGGACAAGUUUGGCGAGGCCGUGAAGGGGAACCUGGUGGUGGGCACCCUCGCCUGGCCAUCGCCGUGGGUCAUCGUCAUCGGAUCGUUCUUCUCCACGUGCGGUGCGGGCCUCCAGAGCCUGACGGGGGCGCCCCGUCUGCUGCAGGCCAUCGCUAAGGACAACAUCAUCCCCUUCCUGCAGGUUUUCGGCCAUGGCAAAGCCAAUGGGGAGCCGACUUGGGCACUGCUGCUCACGGCCGGAAUCGCCGAGCUCGGCAUUCUCAUCGCGUCGCUCGACAUGGUGGCGCCCAUCCUCUCCAUGUUCUUCCUUAUGUGCUACAUGUUUGUGAACCUGGCCUGCGCCGUGCAGACGCUCCUUCGCACCCCAAAUUGGCGGCCGCGCUUCAAGUACUACCACUGGGCCCUCUCCUUCCUGGGCAUGAGCAUCUGCCUGGCGCUCAUGUUCAUCUCGUCGUGGUACUACGCCAUUGUGGCCAUGGUCAUCGCCGGGAUGAUCUACAAGUACAUCGAGUACCGCGGCGCGGAGAAGGAGUGGGGAGACGGAAUCCGGGGGCUGUCGCUCAGCGCGGCGCGAUACGCCCUCCUGCGACUGGAGGAGGGCCCGCCGCACACCAAGAACUGGAGGCCGCAGGUCCUCGUUCUGCUCAAGCUGGGCGAGGGCAUGGAGGUGAGGGCUCCGCGCCUCCUCAGCUUCGCCUCGCAGCUCAAGGCCGGGAAGGGCCUCACCAUCGUGGGCUCCGUGCUGCACGGAGACUUCCUCAGCAGCUGCGCAGAGGCCCAGGCAGCGGAGCAGUCCAUCAAGAGGCUGGUGGAGACCGAGAAGGUGAAGGGCUUCUACCAGGUGGUGGUCUCUCCACGCGUGCGCGACGGCAUCUCGCACCUCAUCCAGUCGUGCGGCCUCGGGGGCAUGAAGCCCAACACCGUGGUCAUGGGCUGGCCGUACGGCUGGCGGCAGAGCGAGGACCCUCGCUCGUGGAAGACUUUCAUCGACACGGUGCGAGCCACCACGGCCGCCCAUCGGGCUCUGCUCGUCGCCAAGAACGUGUCGCUGUUCCCCGCCAACUCGGAGCGCUUCGCCGAGGGCACCAUCGACGUGUGGUGGAUCGUGCACGACGGCGGCAUGCUCAUGCUGCUGCCCUUCCUCCUGCGCCAGCACAAGGUGUGGAGGAAGUGCAAGAUGCGCAUCUUCACCGUGGCGCAGCUAGAAGACAACAGCAUCCAGAUGAAGAAGGACCUGGCCAUGUUCCUGUACCACCUGCGCAUCGACGCCGAGGUGGAGGUGGUGGAGAUGCACGACAGCGACAUUUCUGCGUACACGUACGAGCGCACGCUCAUGAUGGAGCAGCGCUGCCAGAUGCUCAAGCAGAUGCGCCUGUCCAAGUGGGAACGCGAGAGAGAGAUCCAGAGCAUCACGGACGUGUCGCGGGGAUCAAUCCGCGGCAAGCGCCGCCGCGGCGGCGGCCCCGGCGGCCCCGGCGGCCCCGGCGGCCCCGGCGGCGCCAACGCGACGAGCGACACGGACGAGCACGGCACGACGACGGGGUCCGAACCGGUGUCGCCCGAGGAGGCCCAGCUGGUGAGAGACUCGAGCCGGCAGUCCCACUCCGAGAGCCUGUGCUCGUCGGAGGAGGAAGGAGGAGGGUGCGGAAGCGGAGCCGGCGCCUCCGGAGCCGGAGCCGGAGCCGUGGGCAACGAGGUCGGGUCUUCUCGCGCCGACGCCGUCACCGACGGCGACAAGAUCCACAUGACGUGGACCAAGGAACGCGAGCAGCGCGGCCAAGCGCCACCCAGCGCCAACACUCCCGAGGGCUUCCGCGACUUGCUCAGCAUCAAGCCGAACCAGUCGAACGUCCGGCGCAUGCACACGGCCGUGAAGCUCAACGAGGUGAUCGUGAGUCGCUCCCACGACUCGCGCCUCGUGCUGCUCAACAUGCCGGGCCCCCCACGCAACCCCCACGGCAACGAGAACUACAUGGAGUUCCUGGAGGUUCUGACCGAAGGCUUGGAGCGCGUCCUGCUUGUGAGGGGUGGCGGUGGCGAAGUGAUCACCAUCUACUCCUGAUUCGGACGGGAGAGAAGCGGCCGCGUUCCCGGUGCUGUGGCUCGACAACAACCCUGCAACAAAAACAACAAAAACAACGAUCACGCUGGAGGGGGAGGGGGGGGGUGGUGUUGGGCAC